GCCAUACACGCCCACACGCGCACACUUCGAAGCGGAUGUUCCCGUCAUCCCCUUCCGCUUCCUCGGACUGUUGGACUUGGGACCCGCUUUCCGCGAGGAUUCCCGCGCCCCGUCGGAGCCGCUGCUGCUUUUUGACUGUGGAUCAUGCUGCUGCUUACCCUGUUCUUGUUCUUGCUUUUGGGCUUAGCAUCUCCUGUGGAGGUGAAGCGCCCACGGGGUGUCUCCUUAACAAGCCAUCACUUCUAUGAUGAAUCGAAGCCAUUUACUUGUCUAGAUGGCUCAGCAACAAUAGCCUUUGAUAGAGUCAAUGAUGAUUACUGUGACUGCAAAGAUGGAUCGGAUGAGCCAGGAACUGCUGCAUGUCCUAGUGGCCGUUUCCACUGCUCCAAUGCUGGCUACCGACCUCAGUACAUCCCCUCCUCCCGUGUCAAUGAUGGAAUUUGUGACUGCUGUGAUGCAACAGAUGAGUACAACAGCGGCAUCGUGUGUGAAAACACAUGCAAAGAAAUGGGCCGAAAGGAGCGGGAGGCACUAAAGCAGAUGGCUGAAGUGGCCAGAGAAGGCUUCGAAAUCAAGCAGGCCCUGAUGAAGGAAGCAAGUAAGAGGAAGGAAGAAAAACAGAUAAAGCUCACGGAGCUACAGGAGAGCAAGAAGUCUGUGGAGGAGCAAGUGGAGACUCUGAGGUCACUAAAAGAAGCUGCUGAGAAACCUGAAAAAGAAGCUAAGGAUAUCCAUCAGAAAGCCUGGGAGGAACAGAAAGCGGCUGAAAGAGCAGUGAGGGAUCAAGCCAAAGCAGAAGCAGCCUUUCAGGAGCUGGAUGAUGAUGGAGAUGGAGUGAUAUCUGUUGCUGAGCUCCAGACGCACCCUGAGCUAGAUGCAGAUGGUGAUGGAAUCCUUUCAGAAUCGGAAGCCCAGACUUUGCUGGACAAUUCCCUGCAGGCUGAUGUGGCCAGAUUCCAGGACACUGUGUGGGCAGCAAUCAAGGAGAAGUACAGACCAGAGAGCUUGGUUGAUGUACAACCCCCACCAAAAGGCCCAUCAGAUGAAGAACCAGAUACUCAGCCUGAUGCCCACGUGGACCAGUUACCUCCUGAUGACGAUUAUGACGAGGAGGAGGAUGAAGAUGAAGAGCCUGAGGAAGACAGCAUUGAUGAGGAGGUGAAGGUCCCUUCCCCCAAGCCAUCGUCUGAUGUCAAGGCGUCAGAAGAUGAACUGGAGAGGAUGCCCCCUUAUGAUGAAGCCACACAAGCUCUAAUUGAAGCUGCCCAGAAGGCCCGAGAGCAGUUUGAAGAGGUAGAGAAGUCCCUGAAAGAAAUGGAGGAGUCUAUCAGGAGCCUGGAGAAAGAGAUCUCCUUUGAUUUUGGACCUCAUGGUGAAUUUUCUUACCUCUACGGCCAGUGCUAUGAACUCACCACUAAUGAAUAUAUUUAUCGCCUCUGUCCGUUCAGCAGAGUGUCUCAGAAACCCAAACACGGCGGCUCGGAGACCAGCCUUGGCACGUGGGCUCCUGGAGCGGUCCAGAUGAUAACAAAUUUGGUGUCAUGAAGUACGAACACGGGACAGGCUGCUGGCAAGGCCCAACCGAUCCACCACAGUGAAACUUACAUGUGGCAAGGAGACAGUGGUCACAUCGACGGCAGAGCCCAGCCGCUGCGAGUACUUGAUGGAGUUUAUCACCCCAGCAGCCUGCCAGGAGCCAAAAGACCCCUCGGUCA